UUUUAACCAGGCAGGAUGUCGUUCUACACUCUCGCCGUCUUCUGCGCUACCGCGUUCGUGCUCGUCGCGGCUCAAGACAUCGAGCUUCCCGUGCAGACCUGCAGCCGUGAUGCACCCGACUACACGUCAUGUCUGAGACUUGCGAUGCAGGAAGCAUGGCCGUCCUUUAUCUCAGGUAUUCCGCAACUCGAGAUCCCGGUUUUGGAUCCGUACUUCACCGAUCAUCAGAGAACAGUUUACGAAUCAAACAACAUCAAGGCGGACAUAACGGUCACAAACGUUAACACUUACGGACUCGCGAAGGCUCAGUUUCUGGCGGUAAGACCGCAUCAUUCUCCCGAUUUCUUCAAAUUGGAAGUCGACGUUGAGUUGCCGAAGGCGCUUAUCGAGGGUAACUACAAGGCGGACGGAUCUCUAGGAUCGUUCCAAAUUGGCGGCGAAGGAUUCUUCAACAUCAGCAUGGAGGAUAUCAAGGCCACGUGGGCCAUGGAAGGACCCGUGGCUAACGACAGAUGGACGAUCGAGCACUUCCACCUGAACCCGGAAGUCGGCAAAAUGCAGGUCUGGUUCAGCGAUAUGUUCAACGGUAACGAGGAACUCAAUCAAGCCGCCAUGAAAUUCGUCAACGAGUAUUGGCCGCAGUUGUACCGCACGAUGUUGCCGUUCGUGGCGAAGAACUGGGACGAGCAUCUCACCGAAGUCAGCAACCGCAUAUUCUCUAAGGUUUCUUUCUCGAAAACUUUCCCGUGAGAUCUAGACACGAUUCCUUCGUAGCCGUAGUAACGAUCGAAGAUAAGCGCGCGUCGAAUUUAGAAUCGCGAAUAUUUUAUACGCGUUGAACUCGCGUUCGAAAACGCGGCGCGAAGGCGCGUAACAACAACCGCAAAAAGUUCCCCUCUCUCUGGGAAGUCCGCAAACACAUCCGUGAUAAUCUUUACUUUUUUUCUCUCCCUUUCGUGAUAGUGUUAUCUAUAUAUGUAUGUAAUUUUUAUUUUUUUUUUUUGCACAUCAUCGACAUGCGUGUAAAUAGUGCGAUAGUUUGUAAUAACUAUGAAGUAUAUAAAUAGUAGAUUUACUUCUAG